AUGGUUGAACAAGGUACUGGUGAAGCAGUGGUUAUUGCCACUGGUGACAAUACUGUUUUAGGCAAAAUGUCACGAUUGACACGAGGUGAAUCGAGUGAUGAUGUUACCGGCCUACAUCGUGAAGUCAAUCGUUUUCUUUUAUUUGUAGUUCUAGCCACUAUUACUGGUAUUAUUAUUCUUUGGAUUACUUGGGGUGCAUGGUUAAAUAAAGAUCAUCAUUCUUUUGUUACCUUUAAGGCUAAUGUUGUUAAUUCUAUUGGUAUGAUUGUUGGGUUUUUGCCUCUUGGGUUGCCAUCUGCUGUAACUCUCGUAUUGACGAUUGUGGCUAAGCGAAUGUACCGACAACGUGUGUUGGUGAAAAGUUUACAAAUAGUCGAAACUUUCAAUUCAGUUUCAGUAAUUGCCACUGAUAAGCCUGGCACCUUGACUCAAAAUAAAAUGACAGUUACUCAUCUCUUAUGGGACACAGAAGGAGUCUACAAAGUACCUCUACCAAAACCGGCACCGGUUCAAGGGGGAACCUUGCUUCAAACGGUGCGUCGUCUAUCAAUGGGAGUCGUCAAUACAGCUCAGCGUCUAUCAGUGGGAGCUAUUUCAGUUGCGCGUCGAUUGUCAAGUGGUAAUGUCAACCAACCAAAAAGAAUGCCAUCGUUGAGUGACGAUGAUGAACGGCAUAAUAUACCGUCUAUAGCAAGUGAAGUUCAAACUGAAGCAUUCAAAGAUCUUCUUGUCGGGGCUGCUCUAUGUAAUAAUGCUGAAAAACAGAUAGUACAAGAUGCACAAAUUGGGCAAGAUGUAUCGAAAAUGAAAUCGGAGUUGCGUCUUGUUGGCGAUGCAGCUGAUACAGCUCUCUACAAUUUAUGUGUCGAUCGAUGCCAAGUUGAUAUUGACGCUAUGAGAAAAAACAACCCUCGAUUGAAAGUAUUACCCUUCAAUUCAUCCAAUAAAUUUAUGAUUAGUGCCAAUGAACUUGUGUCAGUUGAAGCAUCUGUUCCGCAAGGUGAACGUACAGUUUUGCUUAUAAUGAAAGGUGCGCCAGAUAUUGUUAUUCAACGUUGUUCGUCGUACAAAACCAACCAAGACCAGAAUUUACCAAUGAAUAACGAAAUGAAACAGAAGUUGUUUAAUCGCCAAGAGCUAUUAGGUAAAAAUGGUUAUCGUGUUAUCGCUAUGUGUCAGUUGAAAGUUACUCGGGAACAGUAUGAUCGAAUGAUUGAACGAUAUACCGAAGAAAAACGUUCACAAUCCAUUGCCGAAGAUCUGAACGGAUUUCCAUCGAACGGAUAUUGCUUUGUUGGCCUAUUUUCCUUGCUUGAUCAUCCUCGAACCGAAGUACCUGAUUCUGUUCUCAAAGCUCGUCGUGCUCAAAUUCGUGUGGCCAUGCUUACUGGUGAUCAUCCAACGACUGCCAAAGCAAUUGCAAAGCAAGUAAACAUUUUAACAACAGAAAUUUCAGAAAUGAACGGUGUCGACACGUUUAAAAUUGAACAUAGUCCUACUGGCCAGCCAACUCUCAAGUUAUAUCGGAAUGAUACAUUAUUGGAACAGCAUGUACCUGGUACAGUGACACGGAUAGAUCCAGACAAUAAAAAUGCCAGAAAAAUGGUACAGCAAGCUGCAAUUGACGCUGGCGAAGCUGAACCUGAUCCUCAACCACCCUGGUACAAGCGUGCUUGGGCAUCUUGUCGAAAUCAAGUCAGUGAACCGAAAUCCGACCUUCCACCAUCGUCUAAAAUGGAGUAUAUUCCCUACGGCAUUGUGGUUACUGGUGCAGACAUAGGUUAUAUGGACGAUUUUAUGUGGGAUUGGGUAUUGUCCCAUCAAGAGUUAGUCUUUGCAAGAACAACGCCUGCACAAAAACUACGUAUUGUAGUAGAAUUUCAAAGGCGCGGCGAAAUCGUCGCAGUUACAGGCGAUGGAACUAAUGAUGCACCAGCACUGAAAUGUGCUCAUCUCGGCGUAGCCAUGCAAUCGGGCACAGAAGUAUCAAAAGAAGCAGGCGAUAUGAUUCUACUGGAUAACAAUUUUUCAUCGAUUAUUCAAGCAAUAGAAACAGGUCGUCUAUUGAGUGAUAAUUUGAAAAAAGUGGCCAUAUAUUUAUUGCCUGGAGGUUCAUGGUCACAAAUUUGGCCUGUUUUCUUUAAUCUCUGGUUUGCCAUGCCAUUGGCGCUUUCAGCCUUUUGGGCUACCAUAUUCUGUAUGCUCAAUGAUGUAUUCAUGUCACUUGCUAUGGUUACAGAAAAACCUGAACUUGAUAUUAUGUCUCGGCCACCCUCAAUUCGUGAGAAAGAUCAUCUACUGAAUGCAAAAUUACUUUUUCACGCCUAUGCACUUGUCGGCAACUUUGAAUGCUUUACUGCAUUCUUUUGCUAUUGUUACUAUUGGAUCGAUAAUGGUGUUCCUUUUUAUUCGUUUAUGUUUACAUUUGAAAAUUUCGGUGUUCAUCCGUACAUAAAUCGUACUUCGGAUGAAUUAGUAUUGAUGACCAAUUCCGCUCAAUCAGUCUACUAUUGCUCUAUGUGUCUUUUCCAAUUUUUCAAUUUUUUCGCUACACGCACUCGAUAUGAAUCGAUUAUCGCACACAAUCCAAUUUGGGGUAAAGGUCAGAACUUGUACGUAUUCGGUGCGAUGUUGAUUUCAGUUGGUAUUCAAUUACUUUUAACACUGAUUGGUUGGUUCAAUUGCACAUUCGGCACAGGUCGAGUACCAUGUAAACAUGUCAUGCCAACACUUGGAUUUGGCAUGCUCUGGCUAAUUAUUGAUGAGCUGAGAAAGCUCUGCGUGCGUAAAUAUCCACGUAGUUUUAUUGCACGAAUCGCUUGGUAA